CUGGCGACCUGGAACUCUGCACGCCGAAAGCGGUCGGAUAUUUCACUGCCAUCAUGGCGUCACCGCUGGAAGCAUGUGUCGCCUCGUUGCGCAACAGCAUGCAGCUACUCGAUUCGUCCAUCAACAUACUGGACGACGGCGUCAGUGACCUUCCCCGACUGGCAAAAGUGCUCCAGACGACACGACACUUUGAGCUCAUUUCCGAGUCGGACCUUCAGACCGCGCAAGCAGGUCUCCUCUCCGAAAUCCGCCCAGAAAUCGACAAUCUACUUAAGCGCGUAGAGAACUACGUAGAUAAACUUGAGCGCCGCGAACAGUCCCUUAUUGCAAAGUGCGACCUGAACGACGGCCGACUUGGGCGCGACAGCACUGGCGGCUCAGGCUCGAGGCUAGCGAGCAGGAGUACGCAGAGAAACGGAGGCAAGACUAUUAGUGCACAGCAGGAACUCAAGUUCAAGGCAUUAAAAGCGAAGAAAGACAGGCUGAGUUAUGCUGUAGAGACGCUGGAGCUCCAGGCGAAGCAACGAGAGAGACAGCUGAGGAUGAGCAUGGCGGCGCCGCAGCAGUUUUACGACGAUUGAAAGCGCAUAAGCUUUUGUGUGCAAUGCUGGGCCGGGCUGCCAUAUACUAGUGUGCGGAUGCAGACAGCAUCAUGGUCUUUGGAUAGGCGUUUUGCAAUUGAGAUACCCCCGGCGUGUAUGGACGGACAACAUGC